CCUGCACGCCUUCCCUCUUUCAUAUUUUUGGCCAAUAUUUUAACACCCAUGCCAUAUACUAUAUAAAUGCUACCAAUGUAACUCCCAUUUCCCUCAAAAAACACAAAACAGCGUCUCUUCUUUCACACAUACACACACUCUCUCUCUCUCUCUCAAACCUUUCUAACUUCUCUCACUUAUGUUGUGUUUGAUCGAAGGAUUUGAAGAGGUAUUUAGAAAGGGAAAUAGAAAAGGUAAGUGAAAUGUGAAUAAAAUAUACUUAUAUUUCACCUAGUUUCACAAACUUUUUCUCUUUUCCUUUCCAAAUCCCUCUCUAGAUCCCCAAACGAGAAACCAUCGCUUCUUCUUCAAGAGUUUCAUCAGUGUUGCUAAUGAUGUCUCUUGUAGUAGGCAGUGUAUUCAUUGUUGUAUUAGCUAGCAAUUUCUAUCAAGAUUUCGACAUCACUUGGGGCGAUGGUCGUGCCCAGAUACUCAACAAUGGGGAGCUUCUUACUCUCUCACUUGACAAGCCCUCUGGCUCUGGCUUCCAAUCCAAGAAUGAGUAUCUCUUUGGCAAGAUUGACAUGCAACUCAAGCUUGUCUCUGGAAAUUCAGCUGGCACCGUCACCGCCUACUAUUUGUCGUCACAAGGAUCAACCCACGAUGAGAUUGACUUCGAGUUCUUAGGGAAUUUGAGUGGUGAUCCUUACAUUCUUCACACCAAAGAGCAACAAUUCUACCUCUGGUUUGACCCUACAGCCGAUUUCCACACCUACUCCUUCCUUUGGAACCCCCAACGCAUCAUCUUCUCUGUAGAUGGAAAACCCAUUAGAGAGUUCAAGAAUGCAGAGUCGGUUGGUGUUCCAUACCCGAAGGACCAACCCGUGAGGAUAUACUCCAGUCUGUGGAAUGCUAAUGAUUGGGCAGACUGAUUGGACUCAAGCUCCCUUCAUUCCUUCAUACCAAAACUUCAAUGCCGACGCUUGCAUCUGGUCUUCUGGAUCAUCUUCUUGCAGUUCAAGCUCUCCAACUUCGACAUCUAAUACUACUAAUUCAUGGAUGUCACAAGAGUUAGAUUCCACCAGCCAAGGGAGAUUGAAAUGGGUGCACAAUAGCUACGUGAUAUACGAAGAGAUUUCCCUAAGGCCUCCCUCCCGAGUGCAACAUGUCCUAGAGAAGUGAAAAAAAA